ACGAAAUCUAAAAUCCACAGUUUCAAGUCUUCAUUCUUAUUCCUCCUCUUAAACACAACAUGCUGUGAAAAUGGAAAAAUAUCAGAAGAAGCAGAAGCUUGUUUUUCGUCUCAAUACAUUCAUUUUACUACUUUCCUUGCCUUUGCUCUUCUUUGGUCUCGAUUUCUUCGUAUUCGGGCAGAGAAUUUCCUUCGAUCAACACUUUUCCGGCGUGAAGAAGACGGUGGAUGAGAAGGAAUUCAUCAAAUUUCAUUUAUCAAGAUUAGUUCGAGGGGAGGAUCGUAGGAAACUUGAUGAGACGGGCUUCGCCUGCGACACGGCCGUCCACUCCGUCCACUGCGUAUCCACUAAACCCGUAAGAAUCGACACACGGAACAUGACCGUGUACAUACCCUCCUGUUCGGACUUGCAGAACGAGACGUCUCUCCGGCCGUACGCGCGACAAGAAGACUUACCUAAAACGGUCUCCCCUGUCCGGAUGAUCUUGUAUAGGAACAACACGGACCCGCCCCCGUGCGAGUUCCACCACGGCCUCCCGGCCGUGGUGUUUUCCUCGGGGAGCACGGGGAACGUGUUCCACGAGAUUAAUGACAUCAUCAUCCCCCUCUACAUCACCACCAAGCAGUUCGGGUCUCGCGUGCUACUCGUCGUCGAGGACUACAAGCCCUCGUUUGUCGCGAAAUACCGCGCAAUCCUCUCCCGUCUAUCGUACCACGAGCCCAUCAACCCGGCCGCAAACGCUACAAUCCAUUGUUUCCCAUCUACUAUAGUCGGGCUAAAGUACCAUGACAACCUGGCAGUGAAUGCCAGUGACAUCCCAGGAGGGUACGGAAUGCCAGCAUUCCGUACCUUCCUGCGCGCCACCUUUAGCCUGCGGUACGCGCAUGUGUCGCAGGUACCCAGGCCGAGGCUGGUGUUUCUGUCGCGCACUGGCACGAGGAGGAUCCUCAACGAGGACGAAAUGAUCGAAAUGAUCAAGGACGCCGGGUUCCAGGUACUCGUGGUUAAACGGUCGAAACUAGCGUCGAACGUCGAGAAAUUCUCGCGGCUAAUAAACUCGUGCAGCGUGCUGCUCGGUGCCCACGGCGCCGGGCUCACGAACGAGAUAUUCCUGCCCACGGGCGCCGUGAUGAUCCAAGUGGAACUUCUCGGCACCGAGUGGGCUUCCAACACGUAUUACGGUGACACGGCCCGCGCGAUGGGCGUGCGCUACUUGCGCUACCGGAUCGACCCCGACGAGAGCUCGCUGGUCAAGCUUUACGGCCGCAACAGCUCGGUCGUUACCGAUCCGGGAUCGGUGUUCAUACAACGUGGUCUAAUACCUGCGAGAAUUGUGUUUCUUGAUCAACAGAAUGUAAGAAUCAACGUUGCUCGAUUUAGGGAGACAAUUGUUGAAGCGCUUAGUAUUGUUACGGAUUCAUUUGCUAGAUAAUAUGAUUGUUUUGGUUACAGUCACAAAGGAUUUAGUUUGUCUUUGUAAAUACAUGCAUACAAGAAUUGCUAGAUAACAUUUUGUUUCUAUUUGUUA